UUAAUCAUUAAUAAACUGGAUUAGCUCAGUCUUCUGUAAAUAUGACGAAUGCAUCCCCAGCUUCAUUAGUCCGGCUCUCCUUCAGUGCAGCUCCACCGGCCCGGCUGAGUUUGGUUUGCCCGUAACGGUCCUGAAUUAGUUUUGUUCCACUUUUUAUGUCCAACAACAGCUGUUAAAAAUGCUGGCCCUGAUGCUGUUGCUCUUUGUAAUCUCCUUCCAGACUUUUCUGACGGAUGGAUUAAAAAACAACCUUUAAGGAUUAUUUUGACUCUUUAAGGAUUAAAUUACACCCUUGUUUCAUUUUGUAUCUUUGCCCUUUUUUCUGCUUUUUGUUAACUUUUUAAAAUUUUGACUUUUUCCGGUCGACAUGCCGAUGAAACGCAGCAACAGCAGCUCUGCCGGAGACGACGCGUUUCUUAUUCACUCUUUUACAAAAACUUUAUGCGGCUCACAAGAAGUAAUGAGCUCAGACUUUAACGGACAAGUACGCUUUAAUCCAGAAGAGGAUUCUGGGAUUAAAUCAGAAGACAGCAAUGAGACACCAUCGUCUGAGGAGGACUCUGAUCUUGUGGAACUAAACUCAGACCUGAACAUCAAAGAGAGCGUCGGUUCCUCUAGAAAGACCAUCAGUCAGAUCAUCAAGGACAAGAAGAAACAAACCCAGCUCACGCUGCAGUGGCUUGAGGAGAACUACAUCGUGUGUGAAGGAGUGUGUCUCCCGCGGUGCAUUCUCUAUGCUCACUACCUGGACUUCUGUGGGAAAGAGAAUCUAGAGCCGGCCUGUGCUGCUACCUUUGGAAAGACAAUCCGGCAGAAGUUUCCUCUUUUAACAACAAGACGACUCGGCACCAGAGGACACUCCAAAUAUCAUUAUUAUGGAAUUGGCAUCAAAGAGAGCAGUGCUUAUUACCACUCUGUGUAUUCUGGUAAAGGGUUGACCAGAUUUUCAGGAAGUAAGCUGAAGAAUGAGGGCGGCUUCACGAGGAAAUACUCCCUGAGCUCUAAAACAGGAACAUUACUCCCAGACUUCCCAAACGCCCAGCAUCUCCUACUGCAGGGAAACAUCUCCAGAGAAAAGGUGGACACACUGAUCAUGAUGUAUAAAACACACUGCCAGUGCAUCCUGGACAACGCUAUUAAUGUCAGCUUUGAAGAGAUCCAGAAUUUUCUGCUCCAUUUCUGGCAGGGGAUGCCCGACCACCUGCUGCCGCUGCUUGAAAACCCGGUUAUCGUCGACAUCUUCUGCGUCUGUGACUCCAUUCUCUACAAGGUUUUAACAGAUGUUUUGAUUCCCGCCACGAUGCAAGAGAUGCCCGACAGUCUGUUAGCAGAUAUUAGAAACUUUGCCAAACACUGGGAGCACUGGUUAGCCUCUUCCCUGGAAAACCUCCCAGAAAGCCUUGCAGCUAAGAAGCUCCCUAUUGCACGUGGCUUUGUUUCCUCCCUGAAGAGACAGACUUCCUUCUUGCACCUGGCUCAGAUAGCACGCCCGGCGCUGUUCGACCAGACCGUGGUGACCAGCAUGGUGAUGGAUAUCGACAAGGUGGAUCUGAACAGCAUCACCUCACAGCCUCUGCUCAGCGUAUCGGCCGCUGGAGGCCAGGAGUCUGAUAUUUACUCCGAGUAUGAUUCUGUCACUGUCUUUCAGGAACUGAAGGAGCUGCUGAGGAAAAACGCCACAGUUGAGUCGUUCAUCGAGUGGUUGGACUCGGUGGUAGAGCACAAAGUCAUCAAGCCUGGUAAGCAGAGUGGUCGACCUCUGAAGAAGCGAGCUCAGGACUUCCUCUUGAGGUGGAGCUUCUUCGGUGCCAGAGUGAUGCACAACCUCACGCUGAACAACGCCUCCAGCUUUGGCUCCUUCCAUCUGAUCAGGAUGCUGCUGGACGAGUACAUCCUGCUGGCUCUGGAAACCCAGUUCAACAACGACAAGGAGCAGGACCUGCAGAACCUUCUAGAUAAAUACAUGAAAAAUGCAGAUGCCAGUAAAGCAACGUUCAUGGCGUCACCCAGUUCCUGCUUUCUAGCCAAUCGCAGCAAGGCAUCUGCUCCCUCUGACCAAUCAGUAAAGAACGAGUCUCUGGGAGAACACACCUACAAAGCUGUGUUCACCAAUCAGCAGCAGGGUCUGGAGGCGAAAACUGGGCUCUACCAGGGAAACAACACAUCUGGGUUCACGGCUGCAGGAGGUCAGAUGGACUUCUCUCAGGUCAGCGGCCCCCUCAUGACUCCUCCCAUCUCUCCAGCUGCGUUUGUCCACCGUGGCUCCGUCAUCAACCAAGGGCCCAUGGCGGGGAGGCCCCUCACAUCCUCCUGCUCUUCUUCCUCUUGCUCAUUCUCCUCGUCCUCCUGCUUCUCCUCUAUCAGUGCAAUGACCCAGCCCUGCCAAUCCUACUCAGAGACCCUGUACCACAGCUUACCUCAGACCAGCACUGGCUACUUUCCUCCAGCCAGCAGCCCCUCUGGUCCAAACUACCAGACUGCUCUCAGAUCCCAGACCCAGAACCAGUGUCAGUCUCCUCUGGCGUGCCACCUCCCUCGCUACUCCUCCAUCACUGACCAGACCCUCGCGAAAGACAUCUUCUACAACCAUCAUCCUGCUCCUCUCCAUCACUCCUCCAGCAGCUCAGACUGCUCCCUGACUCCUUACGGCUCAGUUGUUCCACCAGCAUCCAGCUACGCCCCCGGCUCGGAUCCUGUUCGGACAGAACGAGGACUGGACCAGCAGGCAGCCGCUCAGGUCCUGGAUCCUGGUGAGGGUUUUGGAUUUGUGGAGGGCAACCUGAACCUCACCAGUGGAGCCUGUCAGGAACAGACGUUCUCCGUUACAGGACACAGCGGUUAUUAUGGUGACAGCAGCUACUUGGCCAGCCAGCACGUGUCGGUCAUCAGCAGCGUCAGACGUCUGCGUUCCUUUCCGUCGUCAUUCUCCGAAGUCCACGAUCCGCUCAACAUUCUGGCCGAACCAGGAAGGAAAACAGCUGGAGGCUUUUUCAGUGAGACUGAAACUGGACCGGAUCACCCCCUUGCCUCAUCGGGAUCGGCUCCCUGCAUGUUCGGACUUCCCUCUCCGUUUGGCUCUCAGGAUUCUCUGAUGUCUCAGCAGCGUGGGGCGGUGUCUUCAGAGGUACCGGACCUGGUGUCCUCGCUCCCACCCAUCAACACUGUGUUCAUGGGCCACGGGGGUGUUCAGUGACUCUGAUCCGUUCCAUCAAACAGGAACACGGUCCCUAGGUUCAAGAUGCAUUAUAAAGGUUUUUAUUGUAUUUAAAGGUUUCAUGUUUUAAAUAGAUAAAUGUAGAAGAAGAAAAAAAUUUGUUGAAUAAAAUAAUGAUAACAUGCAAAUACAAUCACAGAAUCCAGUUAUUACUAAUUAUUUUGGUGGUGGAAUUUCUUCACUUUGGUAAAAAGUAAAAAUGGCCAAGAAUUGAAAUUACAGCAGCUUUGAUUUAGUUUACUUACUUUAAUCAAUAAAACCCCAACUGCCUUUCAAAGGAAACACUUCCUGUUUGGGUGAUGCUCUUCCCAGUCUACCUCCAACAUGAGGAAACCCAAAGGAAAUAACAAUCAACAGUCCACUUUUAUCCCCUUUACAAUAAGAUUUUGGCCUUGGAGCUUCCUCAUGAAGGCAGUUUUUACCUCCCAUAGUUGAAAUGUGACCCCUGACCUUACUCAAGUGAGGCUUCCAGAGCUGGGUAUUUUGUUCCUGAGUCCCUUUAGAACGAGGCACGGUGUGCUGCUUUGUUGUUGUUUUUUUUGGUCAAUGGCAAAUGCAGCCUGAUUUUUACAUAUUUUUAAACUUGUUACUACUUUCCUGAGAAACAGAAUCAGAAAUGGCUCAGACAAAAGUGUUUACUUAAAGGCACGCUUUGGCAGUUUUGCUUGCUUUUAGCACCUCCUAGUGUCCAUUAUUCAUUCUCUGUGGUAAAACUGAAAGCAAAACAUUUCCCUGCUGUGCCUUUGUCUUUUUAACACCUUAAUCUAACUGCUGAAAUUUCUCACGAGCCUACAUUGGUUUCUACAUGAGUGAUUCAUCACUGAAUUAAACAAAUCAGCUGUGUUCAUGAUCUAAAAUAUGCAGGAAACAUGGUGGAAGCAGACUGCAGCGCCAGGUAUGUCAGGCCCAACAGAGCAGCCUGCAACUCUGAAGUUGCAACUGCAAUAUUCUGGCCACACAGUGGGGGUCUGAGUGACAUUUCAUUAACCAUGUAAAGGGUCAUUUUUAGCUCAUGAUGGCUCAAGAAAAUUAUUUUAAAAUAUGAAAAGUUGCAAAGUGUGCCUUUAAUUGUUACAGGACCAGCUGGCAGAAAGGAGGGAUUUGUUUGUGUGGGAGGAUUUCUGUCUAAAGGCUUUCAAUGGACACCUCCGUAAAACUCCUGCCUACUCAGCAGAACACAAAUUCAGGCCAGAUGGGCGUUAAUAAAACAUCAAAUCAGGCUAAAUGCAGGUGGGUCAGUUUAUGACACUGACUGCAAAUUGUUGAUCUCAACAACAUUUAUGGUCAUGCAUAAUUCCUGAGGUAUCGAUUCUGAAUCUACUCUAUUUUCUGGACAUUUAGCUUUGACAUGGGGGUGAGGAGUAAGUGUGUGUGUGUGUGUGUGUGUGUGUGUGUGUGUGUGUGUGUGUGUGUGUGUGUGUGUGUGUGUGUGUGUGUGUGUGUGUGCGUGUGUGUGCGUGUGUGUGUGUGUGUGUGUGUGGUUUUUAUAUCCAAGUCCUCCAAAUGAAGUCAAAUACAGAUUUGUUUUUAAGAGACUACUAUCUUCUCUUAUGGUUUUUCUUUAAAUACAACAAAUGUUCUUUCUAUUGCUGCCAACUCACACCUGAAAGCAAAGUUUUGCAUUUUUAGGUAAACAAAAAACUUGUGAAUGUUUGACAAAUUGAUUAAAGAAUAAAUUAUUCUUUUAUUCUCACUAACCUUUUUAAAAUAACAUCCAUUCAUCAUCAGCUUCUUUUUAGGACUGUGUAGCAGAGAUCCAAAGACUCCCUAGCUUCUUUCUCCAAAUUAUUCCCAGGCCUGCUGUAAGAUCAAAUUUCUCCUGCAAGUCCUGGAGCUGUGUCGAGGUCUUCUCCUGGUGAGACAUCUCUGAA